GGUUCGAAUAGAAGAGGUUCUAAAAUAUCUUAUAUGAUGAGAUAUUUUCAAUGUAAUCUUAUAUAAAUUUAUAUUAAAUAAAAGUGACUUGUUAAAAAUAUGAAAAUAUAUUUGAUCCUUGCAAAAUAAAUAAAGAUUAUUGCUUUUAAUACUCGUGAGAACAAGUGUAUUAGACUAUAAUGGAAAAAUGUUCUUAUCAAAACAUUCUAAUAUUUUAGUUUUUUUUAUUUAUAAAUUAUCGUGAUAAAAAUAUAUUCCUUGAAAAGAUUCAAAUUGUGAAUUAUUAUUUCAUAUAAAUCCUGCACUUAGUUUAAGUCGUAAUGGGGAGUGUUUGGAAGCGUCUUCAACGUGUGAACAAACGCGCAGCAAAAUUUCAAUUUACAGUAUCGUAUCAUGAAAUGAAAAUCAAAACAACAAGUAAAUGGCGACCGUCUAAUCUCAAAGUUGUAUGGACAAGAAGGUCGCGACGUGUUGUUUCCGCUCCUUUGGAAUGGAAUCCUGUUGUAGACCCUCUUAUUGGCAAUAUGAAAUGGCGAGUUCCAGAUAAUCAUUCAAUAACUGUGACCCUUUUCAAAGAUCCUCGUACUCAUGAAAUGGAAGAUAAGGAAUGGACAUUUUUAAUUGAGGAUAUGUCAUCGACUGGUAAAAAACGGUGUCUAGCUUCAGCUUCAAUAAACAUGAAAAAAUAUGCAAGCAUAGAAUCUACUCAACAAACUUUUACACUUGAACUUCGUUCCACAUCGAAAAAAAUAGUAUUUGCAGAAAUUGAACUUACAAUUAGUUGCGUGUUUUUACGAGAAGGCAAAGCAACCGAUGAAGACAUGCAGAGUAUGAUUUCCUUAAUGAGUGUCAAUAAUUGCUCAGACAUUGCACCGCUUGAUGAUCUCGAAGAUAUUCCAGGGUUGGAAAGUUCAGGAGAUAUUUCAGAGGGUUUCCUUGAUUUAACUAAACAGAUGGAGAAACUAACAUCUUCUCUUAACAGCUCUGAGCCUCAAACACCUAGAAGUAUUCCAUCUAUUCCUGAAGAUGAGAUGUUUAUCUCACCUUUAGACAGAAAAGAAAAUUCUCAACAUUCUGAUGAAAAAAAGAAUAGCAUUGAUGAUUCCGAUAUUUUAGAACAAAAAAGUUUGCCCGUGGAUUCGAUUAAAAUGAAGGAAAUUUGUGCAAUAGAAUCAAAAACGAAAUUAGAAAGUAAGGAAAAUACUGCUAUCGAUGAGAUUCCAAAGAAUAUUGAAACCUGCUUGAGUGUCAAGGAAAAAAAAGCUCCACUUGCAUCGCCAGAACAAGACAAAUUCCCGCCAAAUAAAAAGUUCAAUCUACAGCCACUAUUACUGAAAAAAAAUUACGAAUCUGGUGUCGAGGAUUCAAAUAAAAUCAAGGUUUUGGAAAAAGCCCCCGUCAAAGUGACAGACCGAGAUAAAACACCUGGACAAGACUUAUUAGAAUGGUGUAAAGAAGUGACAAAAAAUUUCGAAAAUGUAAAAGUAACAAAUUUAACAACAAGUUUCAAAAACGGAAUGGCUUUUGCCGCAAUAAUAGCUUAUCACAGGCCAGAUUUGAUCGAUAUGCAAUCCUUGGUACCAUCUGAUAUUGUUGAUAAUUGUAAAAAAGCUUUUGAAGCUGCAGAAAAACUUGGAAUCCCCCGUGUCAUUGAAGCAUCAGAUAUGAGUUUGUUAGUAGUUCCUGACAAACUUGCAGUUAUGACCUACUUGUAUCAACUCCAUGCUCAUUUUACGGGAAAUCAAUUGGAAAUUGACCGAAUCGAUUUAACAACCGGCGACUCAAGAUAUGUUAUCGGAAGUCUCAAAAAUGAUCACAUAUCAGCCACUACUAGUCUUCAAGACAUAAAACACCAGCAUAUGAUGCAACAGUCGAAUAAAAAUGAUGAAUAUAAUCCACAAAAGUUUUCCUGUGUUAAAAGUUCCAAAAUAAAUAAAAAUACUGGAAUACUUUCUAAUGAAGAAGUAGAAAGACCUCUUCUAAUGACAAGGCGUGAACUUACCGAUCCUUUCGGAUCUGAUGAAGAUGAAGACAAAUCGGAAUCAAAAGCGAAACAGAUAUCUGCUUCAAAGGAGUUAAAAUCCCGAUCAAUUGAUAACAAAAUUGUCGAUCGACACAAAAAACAGAGUGAGAAAGCAAAAGAACUAUUAGAUAAACUUCGAAUAGAGAAUGGAAAAUCCUGUAGCACAGACGAAAGUGAUCGACAGGAUAGACUUCGUGAACAUGCUAGACGUUUAAUUGCAGAAACAAGAGCAAAAUCUGUUAAUUUAGAAUCACCUUUAUCACCUGUACAGUCAAUAACUCAGCGUAUAAAUUUAUCAACAGAGCGUACUAUUUCUCCUAUUAAUAAUAAUGUUGACACAUUUAGUUUUAAUGCGAUUAUACCUAUUGAAGGAGUUGAAAAGCAAAAUAGUGUUUCUUCUCCUAAAACAAAGAGUCCCUUACAUACAAUGAACAUCCUUGAUCACAUUUCUCCAAGAACAGAAACUAAGAUUGAGAAAACCAGGUAUAUACAAUCGGAACUUGAUGCAUUAGAACGUGAACAAGAGUCAAUUGAUAAGAAAGCUAAUGAGUUAGAAAAAAAAUUAAGAGCUGUUAUGGGAGGCACUCUUAUUGGAAAUGAUGAUGAAACUGAAGAUCAACUUAUGUCACAAUGGUUCACACUUGUCAACAAAAAGAAUGCAUUGCUGAGGCGACAAAUGCAGUUGAAUAUUUUGGAGCAAGAGAGUGAUUUGGAAAGAAAGUAUGACCUCCUCAACCUUGAACUUCGUACCGUGAUGUCAAUAGAAGAUUGGAGGAAAACAGAAGAACAACGAGAUAGAGAGAAACUUUUACUUGCGGAACUGGUGGCCAUUGUGGAUAAACGUAACGAACUUGUUUUGAAUCUUCAUAGUCAGGAGCAAGCAAUCGAAGAUGACGAGGAUAUACAAAGAAAGCUUGUUAGCAUGGACAUCAAUCAUAAGGAGAAGUGUUGUAUUAUGUAGACUUUUAGCUUUCAUAUUGUAGACAUAAAACUAAUUUCUGAUUGCCUAUCAAUUUCACAUUACAUGUAAUAUUUAUUGAGUGAGGAAGUGAUAUGAUUUCAUACAAAAUAAAAACAGUUGAUAAAACUUUAAAUUUCUUAUUUAAAUUUCGAACUGUUACAAUAAUAAUCAUAAAGGACAGAUAAG